UCCCAAAGAGGAAACCUCUCACCCAGCUCCUGCUGCAGCCUUGCGUCAGAACCACCUCGUAAACACACCUGGCUGUGCAGCAGCACGGGAAUGUUUGCUGAUUGCCGGGCCUGCAAAGGCUGGCACCUACUUUUGGAAAGUCAAGACGCUGACACUAUGUUUGUGCUCCCCAGGCUUGUGCAACAGUGGAGUGCCUAAGAAGAGACUAUGGUAAUUGCACAGCAUUUUGCAGCACGUGUGGGAGCGGACCAUUCUACUGCAAAAGGUGUCUCAAGCUACACGGCGUACUUGCAGCACUUCAAACUCUCUGACGGGUGAAAACUGCAAAAGCGUGAGGCUGACUGAAGAGAGAAAUUAAUUGUGCUGAAGUUAGUCUGGCUUCAACAAUUAAAGGAUACUUUGGGUACUUUUUAAUUGAAGUGGAGGCGGCUUUUUUUUUUUUGUAAAAAACCAUGGCAGAUGUGGAUCCAGACACGUUGCUGGAAUGGCUGCAGAUGGGGCAGGGGGAUGAAAGGGAUAUGCAGCUAAUAGCACUGGAACAGCUCUGCAUGCUGCUUCUGAUGUCAGACAACGUGGAUCGCUGUUUUGAAACAUGCCCUCCUCGGACUUUUUUGCCAGCACUGUGCAAAAUUUUUCUUGAUGAAAGUGCUCCAGACAAUGUACUGGAAGUAACAGCUCGUGCCAUAACAUAUUACCUGGAUGUAUCAGCUGAAUGCACUCGUAGGAUUGUGGGAGUGGAUGGAGCUAUCAAAGCACUUUGUAAUCGUUUAGUAGUUGUUGAACUUAACAACAGAACGAGCAGAGAUUUGGCUGAGCAAUGUGUGAAGGUGUUAGAAUUAAUCUGUACCCGUGAGUCAGGAGCUGUGUUUGAAGCUGGAGGGUUGAACUGUGUUCUGACAUUCAUUCGUGACAGUGGACACCUUGUUCAUAAAGAUACUUUGCAUUCAGCUAUGGCUGUAGUAUCCCGACUGUGUGGCAAAAUGGAGCCUCAGGAUUCUUCAUUAGAGAUUUGUGUGGAAUCACUGUCUAGUUUAUUAAAACAUGAAGACCAUCAGGUUUCAGAUGGAGCUUUGAGAUGCUUUGCUUCAUUAGCUGACAGAUUCACACGGCGUGGAGUUGACCCAGCCCCAUUAGCUAAACAUGGAUUAACUGAGGAGUUGUUAUCUCGCAUGGCAGCUGCUGGUGGGACAGCCUCAGGACCAUCUUCAGCUUGCAAACCUGGACGGAGUAGCACUGGAGCACCAUCUACAGCUGCAGACUCUAAAUUAAGUAAUCAGGUGUCAACUAUUGUAAGCCUGUUGUCAACCCUGUGUAGAGGCUCUCCAGUAGUAACACAUGAUCUCCUAAGAUCUGAACUUCCAGACUCUAUAGAAAGUGCGUUGCAGGGUGAUGAGAGAUGUGUACUGGAUACCAUGCGGUUAGUAGAUCUUCUUUUGGUGCUACUGUUUGAAGGCAGAAAAGCCCUGCCAAAAUCUAGUGCUGGAUCUACAGGCAGAAUCCCAGGAUUGCGAAGACUGGAUAGUUCUGGGGAACGUUCUCAUCGGCAACUGAUAGAUUGUAUCCGCAGUAAGGACACUGAUGCACUGAUAGAUGCGAUUGACACAGGAGCUUUUGAAGUAAAUUUUAUGGAUGAUGUAGGACAAACUCUUUUAAACUGGGCCUCAGCUUUUGGAACUCAGGAAAUGGUAGAAUUCCUCUGUGAAAGGGGUGCUGAUGUUAACAGAGGUCAGAGGUCAUCCUCAUUACAUUAUGCAGCAUGUUUUGGAAGACCUCAGGUAGCAAAGACUCUCUUGCGACAUGGUGCAAAUCCUGAUUUGAGAGAUGAAGAUGGGAAAACUCCUCUGGACAAAGCUCGGGAAAGGGGGCACAGUGAAGUAGUAGCUAUUCUUCAGUCUCCAGGAGAUUGGAUGUGUCCUGUCAACAAAGGGGAUGAAAAGAAAAAGAAAGAUGCAAACAAGGAUGAGGAAGAAUGUAAUGAACCCAAAGGCGAUCCAGAAAUGGCACCCAUAUACUUGAAAAGACUAUUGCCUGUGUUUGCACAAACAUUUCAACAAACUAUGUUGCCUUCAAUAAGGAAAGCAAGUCUUGCGCUCAUUAGAAAAAUGAUACAUUUUUGUUCUGAGGCGCUGCUGAAAGAGGUUUGUGACUCUGAUGCUGGCCACAACCUGCCCACAAUACUGGUUGAGAUAACAGCUACAGUGCUUGAUCAGGAGGUAGGCAGAACUAAAAUGUUAUCCUUUAUGAAACCAGUACAAAAAAAGGGAGUUAUACUCAUUGGUUCCAUGUAUUUGUUGAUAACUAACCCUAAAACUUUCACAGUGUCCAUCUGUGACCAUUUGUGCAGUUCAGUGUGUAAAGUAACAAGAUCUCCUUUGUUAUUUUCUUUUCAUCCCAAUGUAUUACAGGAUGAUGAUGAUGGCCAUUUGUUAGCCUUGCAAAUUAUACGGGAUUUAGUGGAUAAAGGUGGUGAUCUUUUUCUAGACCAACUGGCUAGACUUGGUGUAAUUAGUAAAGUGUCAACUUUGGCGGGGCCAUCAUCUGAUGAUGAAAAUGAAGAGGAAUCUAAACCUGAGAAGGAGGAUGAACCACAGGAGGAUGCUAAAGAACUGCAGCAGGGUAAACCAUACCACUGGAGAGACUGGUCAAUCAUUAGGGGAAGGGACUGCCUGUAUAUCUGGAGUGAUGCUGCAGCCCUGGAGCUAUCUAAUGGUAGUAAUGGAUGGUUCAGAUUUAUCUUGGAUGGGAAGCUGGCCACAAUGUAUUCCAGUGGGAGCCCUGAAGGAGGAUCCGAUAGCUCAGAAAGUAGGAGUGAGUUCCUUGAGAAGUUGCAGAGAGCUCGAAGCCAAGUAAAACCAUCUACCACAAGCCAGCCAAUUUUGUCAACACCAGGGCCAACUAAACUUACUGUAGGAAACUGGUCACUGACCUGUUUAAAAGAAGGAGAAAUUGCUAUUCACAAUUCUGAUGGUCAGCAAGCUACAAUACUGAAAGAAGACCUGCCAGGCUUUGUGUUUGAAUCCAACAGAGGAACAAAGCAUUCAUUUACAGCUGAAACUUCCUUGGGGUCAGAAUUUGUGACCGGCUGGACAGGCAAAAGAGGAAGAAAGCUGAAAUCUAAACUGGAGAAGACAAAGCAAAAGGUACGCACCAUGGCAAGAGAUUUAUAUGAUGAUCAUUUUAAAGCAGUUGAAAGUAUGCCUCGAGGAGUAGUUGUAACACUGAGGAACAUAGCAACCCAGUUAGAGUCUGCAUGGGAACUUCAUGCAAACAGGCAGUGCAUUGAGGGAGAAAAUACUUGGAGAGAUUUAAUGAAGACUGCUCUGGAGAACUUAAUUGUACUGUUGAAGGAUGAGAAUACUAUUUCUCCAUAUGAAAUGUGCAGUAGUGGCUUAGUUCAAUCACUUUUGACAGUUUUAAACAAUAAUGUUGAUUUGGAUGUGAAACAAGACUGUAGUCAACUGGUAGAGAGGAUAAACGUUUUCAAAACAGCAUUCAGUGAAAAUGAGGAUGAUGAAAGUCGUCCAGCUGUUGCCUUGAUUCGGAAAUUGAUAGCAGUGUUAGAAUCCAUUGAACGUCUACCUCUCCACUUGUAUGAUACACCAGGGUCUACGUAUAAUCUCCAGAUACUGACAAGGCGCUUGAGGUUUCGUUUGGAACGUGCCUCGGGGGAGACGUCUUUAAUAGAUCGAACUGGUAGAAUGCUAAAGAUGGAGCCAUUGGCAACUGUUGAGUCCCUAGAACAGUAUCUCCUGAAAAUGGUAGCAAAGCAAUGGUACGACUUUGAUAGGGCUUCAUUUGUUUUUGUACGAAAACUGCGAGAAGGCCAGACAUUUGUGUUCAGGCAUCAACAUGAUUUUGAUGAAAAUGGGAUUAUUUACUGGAUUGGAACGAAUGCAAAAACUGCAUAUGAGUGGGUAAAUCCAGCAGCCUAUGGAUUAGUAGUGGUUACAUCCUCAGAAGGAAGAAAUCUGCCUUAUGGUCGUUUGGAAGACAUCCUGAGCCGUGACAGUUCAGCUCUCAAUUGUCACACUAAUGAUGAUAAGAAUGCUUGGUUUGCCAUAGAUCUUGGCCUUUGGGUUAUACCAUCAGCCUACACAUUACGCCAUGCUCGAGGUUAUGGACGAUCUGCUCUGAGAAAUUGGGUUUUCCAGGUAUCUAAGGAUGGACAGAACUGGACUACUUUGUAUACUCAUGUUGAUGACUGUAGUCUCAAUGAACCAGGAUCUACAGCAACAUGGCCUUUAGACCCUCCAAAAGAUGAGAAACAAGGUUGGAGACAUGUUAGAAUAAAACAGAUGGGAAAGAAUGCCAGUGGACAAACACACUACCUCUCCCUGUCUGGAUUUGAACUUUAUGGCACAGUGAAUGGAGUAUGUGAAGAUCAGCUGGGAAAAGCUGCUAAAGAAGCUGAAGCAAAUCUGAGAAGGCAGCGACGUCUGGUCCGUUCUCAGGUGUUAAAAUACAUGGUUCCAGGAGCUCGUGUGAUCAGAGGAAUUGAUUGGAAAUGGAGAGAUCAGGAUGGAAGCCCGCAGGGUGAAGGCACUGUUACAGGAGAACUGCAUAAUGGCUGGAUUGAUGUCACCUGGGAUGCUGGUGGCUCUAACUCUUACCGUAUGGGCGCAGAAGGAAAGUUUGACCUCAAGCUUGCACCAGGGUACGACCCUGAUUCAGCGGCAUCACCCAAACCUGUUUCAUCCACUGUUUCAGGCACAACGCAGUCAUGGAGCAGCUUGGUGAAAAACAACUGUCCAGACAAGACGACUGCUGCUGCAGGCUCCUCAAGUAGAAAAGGAAGCAGCAGUUCUGUGUGUAGCGUGGCAAGUAGCAGCGACAUCAGCUUGGGUUCGACCAAAAUGGAGCGGAGAUCAGAAAGUGUACUGGAACAAAAUAUAGUUUCAGGCACUGACGUCCAUGAACCAAUUGUUGUUCUGUCUUCCGCUGAUAGUGUGCCUCAGGCUGACAUAGGGUCAUCCUCCAGUGCGAGCACCAGCACCUUAACAGCGGACAUGGGAAACGAAAAUGCAGAGAGGAAGUUAGGUCCUGAGAACUCAAUACGUACUCCUGGGGAGUCCAGUGCUAUAUCCAUGGGAAUUGUUAGCGUAAGCUCCCCUGAUGUGAGUUCAGUCUCUGAACUGACUAAUAAAGAAGCAGCUUCCCAACGACCCCUAAGCUCGUCAGCGAGUAACAGACUUUCAGUCAGUUCUUUGUUGGCUGCUGGGGCACCCAUGAGCUCCAGUGCAAGUGUUCCGAACUUAUCAUCUCGGGAAACUUCUAGCCUGGAGUCCUUUGUACGAAGGGUGGCGAACAUAGCACGUACCAACGCCACAAACAAUAUGAAUUUAAGCCGGAGUAGCAGCGAUAACAAUACUAAUACUUUGGGAAGAAAUGUUGUGAGUACUGCAACUUCUCCUCUUAUGGGUGCCCAAAGUUUUCCUAAUCUGACUACAACUGGUACCACAUCAACAGUGACCAUGUCUACAUCCAGUGUUACUAGCAGCAGCAAUGUAGCUACAGCAACUACAGUUUUAUCUGUUGGUCAGUCGCUUAGUAAUACUCUAACUACUAGCCUAACAUCAACAUCUAGUGAGAGCGAUACAGGGCAGGAGGCAGAAUAUUCUUUAUAUGAUUUUCUUGAUAGCUGCCGAGCUAGCACUCUGUUGGCAGAGUUAGAUGAUGAUGAGGAUCUACCUGAACCAGAUGAAGAAGAUGAUGAAAAUGAAGAUGAUAACCAAGAAGAUCAAGAAUAUGAAGAAGUUAUGGAAGAAGAGGAGUAUGAAACCAAAGGAGGCCGUAGAAGAACAUGGGAUGAUGAUUAUGUCUUGAAACGGCAGUUUUCUGCUUUGGUUCCUGCUUUUGACCCAAGACCUGGUCGUACUAAUGUGCAACAGACAACUGACCUAGAAAUCCCUCCACCAGGUACACCUCAUUCAGAACUCUUGGAAGAGGUGGAGUGCAUGCCUUCGCCACGUUUAGCACUUACCUUGAAAGUUUCGGGUCUUGGAACCACUCGAGAAGUAGAACUGCCCCUAACAAACUUUCGAUCUACCAUCUUUUACUAUGUGCAGAAACUGUUACAGCUCUCCUGUAAUGGCAGUGUGAAAUCUGACAAACUUAGACGUAUUUGGGAGCCAACAUACACAAUCAUGUACAGAGAAAUGAAGGAUUCUGAUAAAGAGAAAGAAAGUGGAAAAAUGGGUUGCUGGUCAGUAGAGCAUGUGGAGCAGUACCUUGGCACUGAUGAAUUACCAAAGAAUGACUUGAUAACCUACCUGCAGAAGAAUGCAGACUCAGCUUUCCUGCGCCACUGGAAAUUAACCGGCACUAAUAAAAGUAUUAGGAAAAACAGAAAUUGUUCCCAGCUCAUAGCUGCAUACAAGGAUUUUUGUGAACAUGGAUCAAAAUCUGGAUUGAGUCAAGGGGCCAUUUCUACUCUUCAAAAUUCUGAUAUCCUUAGUUUGGCCAAGGAACAGCCCCAGGCCAAAGCUGGCAGUGGACAGAACUCCUGUGGAGUAGAAGAUGUUCUGCAGUUACUUAGAAUUUUGUAUAUAGUUGCCAGUGACCCUUACACAGCACGGACUUCUCAAGAAGAAGGAGAUGAGCAUCCUCAGUUUAACUUCCCACCAGAUGAAUUCACAAGUAAAAAAAUAACUACAAAGAUUCUCCAGCAGAUUGAGGAACCAUUGGCACUAGCAAGCGGAGCUUUGCCAGACUGGUGUGAGCAACUAACAAGCAAGUGUCCUUUCUUAAUUCCAUUUGAAACAAGACAGUUAUACUUCACAUGUACAGCAUUUGGAGCAUCAAGAGCAAUUGUAUGGCUGCAGAACAGACGAGAAGCCACCGUUGAACGGACAAGGACCACGAGCACAGUGAGACGUGAUGAUCCAGGAGAAUUCAGAGUUGGACGCCUCAAACAUGAAAGAGUGAAAGUUCCGCGAGGUGAAUCCUUGAUGGAAUGGGCAGAAAAUGUCAUGCAGAUUCAUGCAGACAGAAAAUCUGUUCUAGAGGUUGAGUUUUUAGGGGAGGAAGGAACAGGCCUGGGUCCUACCUUGGAAUUUUAUGCGUUGGUGGCAGCAGAAUUUCAAAGGACGGAUUUGGGAGCUUGGCUUUGUGAUGAUGAUUUUCCAGAUGAUGAGUCCCGUCAGGUUGAUAUUGGAGGUGGAUUGAAACCGCCUGGCUACUAUGUACAGAGAUCAUGUGGACUGUUUACAGCACCAUUCCCACAAGAUAGUGAUGAACUUGAAAGAAUAACCAAACUCUUUCAUUUCCUUGGAAUUUUCUUGGCUAAAUGCAUUCAGGACAAUAGACUUGUGGAUUUACCCAUUUCUAAGCCUUUUUUUAAACUCAUGUGUAUGGGGGACAUUAAAAGUAACAUGAGUAAGUUGAUAUAUGAAUCAAGGGGUGACAGAGACUUGCACUGUACUGAAAGUCAGUCAGAGGCUUCUACAGAAGAAGGACAUGAUUCCUUGUCAGUAGGAAGUCUGGAAGAGGACUCCAAAUCAGAAUUUAUUCUUGAUCCACCAAAACCUAAGCCUCCUGCCUGGUUUAAUGGAAUUUUGACAUGGGAAGACUUUGAAUUAGUAAACCCACAUAGAGCUAGGUUUCUGAAAGAAAUUAAGGACCUUGCAAUUAAAAGACGUCAAAUUUUAAGCAACAAAAAUCUGUCGGAAGAUGAAAAGAACACUAAACUGCAGGAAUUAAUGCUGAAGAAUCCAUCAGGUUCGGGGCCUCCUCUUAGCAUAGAGGAUUUGGGUUUAAAUUUUCAGUUUUGCCCUUCAUCCAAAGUAUAUGGGUUUACAGCUGUGGACCUCAAGCCAGGUGGUGAAGAUGAGACUGUAACAAUGGAUAAUGCAGAGGAGUAUGUAGAUCUCAUGUUUGAUUUCUGCAUGCAUACUGGUAUACAGAAACAAAUGGAGGCCUUCAGAGAUGGCUUCAAUAGAGUCUUUCCAAUGGAGAAGCUGAGUUCCUUCAGCCAUGAAGAGGUUCAGAUGAUUCUUUGUGGAAAUCAAUCACCUUCUUGGGCAGCUGAGGAUAUCAUCAAUUACACCGAACCCAAACUGGGAUAUACAAGAGAUAGCCCUGGAUUCCUUCGAUUUGUGAGAGUCUUGUGUGGUAUGUCUUCGGAUGAGAGGAAGGCUUUUCUGCAGUUCACCACUGGUUGUUCAACACUCCCACCAGGAGGGCUGGCAAACCUCCACCCCCGGCUCACUGUUGUGCGCAAGGUUGAUGCUACAGAUGCAAGUUAUCCAUCUGUGAAUACAUGUGUGCAUUACCUAAAGUUGCCUGAGUAUUCUUCUGAGGAGAUCAUGAGGGAGCGUCUGCUGGCUGCUACCAUGGAGAAAGGCUUCCAUCUCAACUGAGCCGCUGCACGCAGCCUGGCACGUGGAAGUGUUUUUGAUACUAGCGAAGCCUCUUGUGUUUGUGUGCAAAAAAUACGAUCUCCACGCUGUGCUCUGACGAGACUUGCCUUUUUUUCACCUGUGAGGCUUUAGGAAAAUGUGGAAUGUUUGUUAGCUGCUAAUGACAAAAUAAAUCCUUGUAACUACACAGCCAGCAAGAAAUUGGCACAGAACACUGUGUGAUGCUUCAAGGGCUUGCACAACUGGAAAUUAAGGUGUUUCUGUUUGACUGUUCCAAAGAACAGAUCAUCAGAUUUUCAGUGUUCACUGAUACAAAUUUCUAACAGUGUAUUGUGUAAAGUUUGUCUUUUAAUACCCUGUACACUACGGUUGCCAUCACUGAUCCCUGUUUUGCUGGCUUUAAGCUAACUGGUCAGAAACUUGCUUCCUUUAAAAUUUAGACUUAAUGGGCAUCUCCAGCCUUUUCUUUUUUAAUGGUGCCUGCACUAUUGGAGUAUUUUAGUGGGUUUUUGCGUAUAAUCAUGCACAACCGUUUUUUUUCUUCUUUUUCUUUCAAGUGGGAAUAUAUUUUGAUUUCUCAAAUGCCCUGCUAUAAAGAUCAAAUCCUUAAGUGUGUUUGUGCAGCUCAACAAUAAAGCUAUUAAAAAACACUGGUUCCUAGUGCAAGGCACACUUAAAGCAAGUUUUACUUUCGGUUGUAUUUUCUUUGUAUAUUAUAAACAUUUAUUUAACUUGUUGCAGUUUGAAGUUUAAAAAAAAAAAAGCACCCAAUGUGUAAGCUCAAAAGUAAUCAUUAAAAUGUUUGCAACAUAUAAAAAUGUCUCUUCUGAAUACUUCAUUAGUACUUUCUAAAUCUCUGUACAUGUUCUGAACAAUGCCAUGCGUUUAUGAAGGUUUCAAAGAACUACAUAAGAGAACUGCUGAUCUCAAAAAUUCAUCUCUGUGUUCAAAUCUUUUCAGAGUAAGUGGAACUUCUUAAGAAUGAGUCUGGCAGUGAUGAGUACUGCAUGUUGGCAGGUUUUGGUGCUCUUCAGUGAGCCCAUGUGACCUGAGACUAUAGUUCUUCAUUAUACUGGAAUAAAAUCUGGGUCAGAUGAUAAAGCUGAUUCAGGAGAUGGAUGGGCUGCCUUGGUGUUAGCACUUGAUAUUUAUUGGAAAAAAAGUGGCGUACAGUAAGAUAAAGCAAGAUGACACUGUGGUUUUAAAGAUUUUUAUGUAGCGUUGAUACCAGGAAAAAAAAAAUUAAAAGGUUAUUGUUGAA